AUGGAUUCGGCGAGAGCACACAUGAACGGCGGCCAGGUCCGACCAUUUACCACCCGUCACAGAGGCCUCAUUCUUGCCUCCGCCGCCGCCACCGGCGUGGCCCUGGCCGUCCGCUACAAGGCCGAGCAGAUCAGGAAGAACGAGCUCGCCCAGAAGAACUCGGCCAUUCCCAACUUCUACGUCAGCGUAGACCGCAGCGGAGGCGGAAUUUGA